AUGUCACAGGCCAACAUGAGUGCUUUAAACACUCCACAUGGUUGGAGUGAGCAAGAAGACAUGGCAUUAAUGUCUGCUUGGUGUUUCGUGAGCACGAAUGCAGUUGUUGGCACCAACCAAACUAGUAUCCAUCUAUGGCAAAAUGUUCUUAAACUAUAUGAGCAGACAAGAAAAGAAAAUUCAAGAAUUGGUGAACAAAGAAGUUUAGAGUCAUUGAAACAGCGCUACAAACGACUCAACGCAAAUGUCACAAAAUGGGUUGGUGCAUACAAAAAAGUGCAUGAUCGAGCUACGAGUAGCCAAUUUAAAGAGGACAUUGAGAAAGCCGCUCAACAACUGUAUGGUAAGAGCAAAUUUACUCACCAUAAGGUGUUUGAGGAGGUGAUGAGACUCUAUCCCAAGUGGGAAUUGAAAUUGAAUAGCACUGGCUCAACGCGUUUCCAGCCAGAUGAAGAUAGUCUUGAAGAAAGUCGUGGGAGCUCAGAAAGAGAUCAAGCUAAGGCUAAGGCUAAAAGAAAAGGCAAAGAAGUUGCAACACCAUCAUACACAAUUCCUAAUGAUUUCACUGCAGCACUGCGUGAAAUGAGAGUCAAGCGUGAAAGGGAAUGCGAUAUUCAGGAACGGAAGAUCAAAGCAGCUAGUGAUAUUCAGGAACGGAACAUCAAGGCAGCUAUCCUUACUCCGCUGAUGGCUAGGAGGGACUUAACUCCAGAAGAAGAAGAUCUGAAACGCAAUCUCAUUGCAGAAUUGUUUGGGAAGUGA